CCUGCAGUCAGGUCGGCUUCACCACCACCCUUGGCCUUGCCCCCCGCAGUUCGCGGAGGCAGAGUGUGCCCGCCGGGCGCUGGAGCAGCUGAACGGGUUCGAGCUGGCCGGGCGCCCCAUGCGUCUGGGGCACGUCACCGAGCGGCUGGAUGGGACCACGGACAUCUCCUUCCCCGAGGGCCCCGAGGAGCCUGAGCCUGGCGCCGGCGGGGGCCUGCAGCUGCUGGCCAAGCUGGCUGAAGGCUCCGGGAUCCAACUGCCGGCUGCUGCUGCGGCUCAGGCCGCCCUGCAACUGAAUGGCGCCAUCCCACUGAGCGCCCUGAACCCUGCCGCCCUGACAGCCCUGAGCCCGGCGCUGAACCUGGCCUCGCAGACGCUGGCAUCGCAGUGUCUCCAGCUCUCAGGGCUCUUCUCCUCUCCGGGCAUGUGAGUCUGGGGGGCUGG